AUGCCCUACGGCAAACCUGUAUCUCGUCGUCGACGUCGAAGACUUCAGGGAAGUCAGACCGCAGAUUCAUCAACAAUGGUGGCAGCGCGUCGAAUCGCACGUAAGGCCGCUGCAGCCGCAAGCCGAGCAUCAGCAGCGUCGGAUCCCCAUCAAACACCACCCCAUGUCCCCCAGCACCGUCCAGCCCCUCUCGCCUCCCCUGCUCUCUUGUGUGCGGGCCACCGAGUUGGUGUGUGGCCUCUCCGGGAGAGACUGGUGCUUGCUACGGCUUUGCUGGAUGCUGACAAUCAACAGCUCACCUGGCCAACGAUUUCACGCCGUUUGGCGAAAUUCACGCCACCAAGUGGGAGUAAAUUCACACGACCGGCAGCAUGGUGCUCGGCUAGGGCGUGCGCCAAACAAUACGCACUUUUAUUGGAUUCGGCUGAAAUGUCAAGGAAACAGCAGGUGGACGUGGAGAAAAGCGCAGAAGAGGGUCGGGUGGUGUUUCAGGCACCGGGCGAUGUUGCCGCAGCAACGGGCACCGUCGGUUUAAGUCUCGCCGAGUUGAUUGUCAAGCGGCUUACCGUGGAGCGUGUUGAGGAACUGCGCAACCAAAUUGUCACUGCUCAACAGAAAUACAGGCAUGUCACUACUGCACUUAUCAAAGAGAAAAUAGCAGAGUUGGAGAGUGGAAGUCUUGAUGACCAUGUUGAUGUGCUCUGGUCACUCUUACGACAGCAAGAAGAGAACCCUUCGACCUCUACUUCCUCCGAAUUAUCUGACAACAUUCCACCAGUGGCCUCUGAAUUUUUGCGAGAACUCAGUGGUUGGACCGACCCCUUCGAUGUGCCCCAGUCCGUCUGGACUGUUUCUGGAGGCAAUGGAACAGCCCUGCGUAGCGUCCCUUCGGUAUCAAAGGUGACCGGUGCUGCCACAACCCCGAUGAAAAUGGCGGGCUCCAACAAAACCAAGUCUAUAUUGGAAAGAUCUCCGAGUGCUUCUAGUCGAAAGCGAAUUGACGACUCAAAUGUGGAGGCCGACGAAGGCUGCGAAGACGGAUCAACGCCCUCAACAAGCGUCAUGUCGGAGUCUGAUCUAGAUUAUGAAGAAGGAGAAGAUGCUAUGAAGCUAGAGGUGUCACGCUGUAUCAACGAGGAGCCUCCUAUGCCUGUCCUCAAAGCCAACGUGAGCAGCCCGAAACUAGAAGCGGAAGUUGGGUUUUCCAACCAGUCACACCAAUCUCCUGCUGCCGCGCGUUCCCCAUCCCAAGUUGAUGGGGAGGAAGAUAUGGGGUCUCAAAAGGACUCUUUUCAACCACGAAGCCUUCGAUUGCGUUUAAGUCGUCAACAGGACGGAAAUCUGUCGGUGAUAACAGACGACACCCACGUUCGACCACCGCCUGCAUCUCCUUCACUUCGUCUUCGUCUCUCUCUCUCCCCCGUACCUUCAGUCACUUCGCAACAACCGGCAUUAAAACAGUGGUCGACGGAAAUUCUUGAGAGGGCCUUUCCUGAGGCGAAUUCUAAGAACGCACUAAGCUCUCAAAAGAAGAAUCGCUCUGGGUAA